AUGUCCACACCACCACCGCCGUCGCCCACGGCCUCCUCCAAGGCCUCAGUCUCCGCCUCGCCCAUGGCCACCGCUAAGAAGCCUCAUCCUCUACCGUGGAGCCAAGAGGAGACGGUGCAGCUGAUCCGGGCCUACCAGGAGAAGUGGUACGCGCUGAGAAGGGGCCAGCUGAAGUCGAGCCAGUGGGAGGAGGUGGCGGUAACCGUGGCGGCGCGGUGCGGUUACGAAUACGGCGAGCCGUCGAAAUCCGCCACGCAGUGCCGCCACAAGAUGGAGAAGCUCCGGCAGCGACACCGCGCCGUGAAGAAGCGCCUCGGCCAGAGAACCAAGUCCGGCUGGCCCUUCUUCGAGCUCAUGGAGCAGAUGGAACGCGGGCCCAUGCCCAUCUCUGCCAUGCCCAUGGCGGAGAUGCCACAUCAGCAAGAAGAAGAAGAAGAGCGUGAUUAUCACGGCGGCGGCGGCGGCGGCCAUGAAGACGACGAUGAGGAGAAUUCCAACAAGGUCCGGAGCAUCGACUUCAUCCUGCGGAGGCCGACGUUUGUGAACAGAUUUUCCGGGAAAGCGUCGUUUUUGCAGGGACCCGCUGCGGCAGCGGAGUUAAAGAGAGGGAGAGAGGCGGUGGGCGGGGGCGACGUGGUGGAGCCGCCGGAGCAGAGGGGUAGGGAAAUGGUGGUGGAAUUGGCGGACGAGAUGAGGGCAUUCGCCCAGCAGUUAAUGGGGGUGGAGAAGAGGAGGAUGAAGAUGAUGAAGGAAACAGAGAGGUAUAGAGUGGAGAUGGAGAAGAGGAGGAUCAGCAUGAUCCUGCAGUCGCAGCAGAAGAUUGUUGACUCCAUUAAUACCGCAUUCGGGUCUUCCAACAAGCUGAGCAGCAGCUGA